CAGAUUCUUUCAAUGAGGCAGUUGAGAGGAGAAGGAAGGAAGUGCCAGCUGUUCAGUUCCUGACUCAUCCUCCCGCCUGGCACAAGCUCAAAGCCAGGAAGCUGAAUCAGCAUGCAGCCAGAGUAAAGUCCAGCAGGGAUCCUUUCAUUGGCUGAAGAGUUGAACUGAAACAUUUUCCUGAAGGUGAUCGUGCUCUUGUUUGCUGCAGGCCUGAAGGAUCCUCGAGACGUUGGCUUGUGACUGACAGCAAUGGGUUCACCUGUUCGACUCCUGGCCUGGAUGUGCCUUCCUCUGCUUUUGGUUGAAAUAACCUGUGCAUUGCAUGGUUCCCUUGUAAAAGUCAACAAGGGGUUAAAAGUGAAACGAGGCCAAUCGGCCUACCUUCAUGUGGAGGACUUGCAGUUCCACAUUCCCCAUCAGAAGGAUUCGUGCAAGUUGGAGGUGGUGGUGAAUGAGCCCAUAACUCAGCGAGUAGGAAAACUGGUGCCUCAGGUGUUUGAUUGUGAUUAUCUGGCUGAUGAAGUAAAGUACGUCCACAACGGCUGCCCAUUGUUGACAGAAGACACUGUCAAGCUUCGCCUGUACAGAUUCACAGAGACAGAGACAUACAUGGAGGUCUUUGCCAUCCAUGUAGAAAUUAUGGAACCUGAGUGCACCAUCAUUAGGUUGGGGCCAAAAUCCCUGGAGGUUCCCGAGUUCUACAGCCUCUCGAAUGCUGUGGAUGGAAAUGUGGUCUCCUUCCACUAUGAAAGCAGGUCAAGCUUGGAUUGUAGCAUCCAUCUGAAUAGUCACGACACCCAUCUGCCAACCCACGGGCAGCUGGUCACAGGGGAACCAGAGAAAGCCACCAGGAGAGGGGAUGAGCCUGAGACUUUCAUCCAUUUGCGUCAGCAGCUGGACAACAAAGCCAGAGCAACGUGUCGAUCUGAAGACUGCCUGAAGGGUCUGAAGCUGGUGAAGCUCACCAAAGUUUCCUGUGAGGACUUCCUGGUGAUGGGGCUGAGGUAUCAGCAUACAGACCCUCCAUCUCCACAUGUGGAUUACAUUGCAGUCAGACUGGAUCUGAAGGACACCAGGAGUGGCAGCAUAUAUCAGUCUGAACAGGCCUGGAUCCCAGUGCAGAUCACUGGUGCAAUGCCCAACCAGCCUCCCACACCAGCCUACAUGUCCACGUUUGUUCUGGAAGUCGACCAGUUCAUCCUUACUCCGCUGUCCACUGCUACGCUGGAUGCUGACGACGAAGAAACUCCCAAACAGCUUUUAGUGUUUAACGUCACGACACCUCCUCAGGACGGCUUCAUCACACAUCUGUCUGACCACACUCGCCCAGUCUCCUCCUUCACGUGGCUUGAUCUCAAUGACAUGCUCAUUGGAUAUCAGCCUGCUAACUUCUCUCAUAACCAACGCAGGAAUUAUGAGGUGGAGUUUGAAGUUCAUGACUUUUAUUUUGAGAAGAGCCCACCACUUACUGUUCACAUGUCUGUAAGGACUGCAGACACAAACGCUCCAAGGGUGUCCUGGAACAUGGGUCUCAGCCUGUUGGAGGGUCAGUCUCGUCCAAUAACGUGGGAACAGCUUCAGAUCGUGGACAACGACAACCUGGAUGCCGUUCGUAUCAUAACUGUGGACGGCCUGCAGCAUGGACGGCUAACAGUCAGAGGUACAAAGGGCUUCAUGUUUACUGUCAAUGACAUAAAAGGGGGAGUGGUCUGCUAUCACCAUGACGACAGUGACUCCACCAAAGACUUCAUAAUCUUUCGCAUCACUGACGGUCAUCAUCAGACCCGGCACAAGUUCCCCAUCAAGAUCCUCCCCAAGGAUGACACGCCUCCUUUUCUUAUCACCAACAUGCUGCUGGAGGUCCCUGAAGGCCACACAGCUCUGCUGAGAGGCUCCAUCCUUCAGGCCUCUGACAUGGACUCCAGUGAUGACUACAUCCUCUUUAACAUUACCCGCCCCCCUCAGUCAGGAGAGGUUAUGAAAAUUCCUGGACCAGGGAAAACAGGUUACCCUGUCAGCCACUUUUUGCAGAAGGACCUGUCUCAGUCAAAGGUUUACUAUCGUCAUCUUGGACAUGAGGUGUCUGAUGAUUGGUUUGAGGUGGUACUGUCUGAUUUCCAUGACCCACCCAACCUAUCAGAGGCUCAGGUGGUGAUGGUGCACGUGGAGCCGGUUCCCGACAAACCUCCUAAAGAGGUUCCAGGUUCCAGUCGGAGUCUUGUGCUCAAAGAAACGGACGUAGUCCACAUCACACGGCAGCAGCUCCACUUUGUAGACCAGCAGUCAGCUGACAGAGAGCUCACGUUUACUGUGACUACUCCACCUUUUUACUCUCGUCCCCACAGCAAUCCGGACGCGGGGAGGCUGUUUCUGGUCGACAGCAUACCCAAAUUUACCAAAGACGCCAACGCGCCAAUGCUGAGGGUCUUCACUCAGCAUGCAGUAAACUUCAUGAAAGUAGCCUACAUGCCUCCUAUCAUGGACAUCGGCCCGCACCCCCAGCAAGUCCAGUUUGUUCUCUCUGUAACCAACCAUCGAGGUAAAACAGUCACUGGGAUCUGCUUUAACAUCACUGUAGAGCCGGUGGACAACCAGCCGCCACAGGUUGUUUCCAAGCCUCUGACCGUAGAUGAGGGAGGGGAGUGCAGGCUUGGCCCUGAACACUUGCUGCUGUCGGAUGAAGACUCUUCAGAAGAAGCUCUGCGGGUGGAGCUGCAGAGGGAACCCCAGCAUGGGGCUCUGCAUCUCAGUGGCCUCCUGAUGAAACCAGGGCAAAGCUUCACUCUGCAAGAUCUGCAAAGCCACAACGUUCGGUACAGUCAUGACAGCUCAGAAACUACACAGGACAACAUUGAAUUCACUGCAACAGACGGGACCAGCUCAGUCAUUUUUGUUUUGCAAGUGAUGGUGAAGCCCAUCAAUGAUGAGGUCCCAGUAGUCGGUGCAGGUUUGAAAGCAGGUCUCAGCUGUGCAGAGGGGCAGGAAAUAGUCCUCACCGCAGAGUACAUCUAUGCCACUGAUAGAGACAGCGACAACAGCAGCCUGUACUUCCUAAUUGUGCAGCAGCCGCAUCACGGUGUGGUGCUGAGAGAAGGUGCAGCGGUGGAUCGCUUCAUCCAGGCAGACAUCACCGCAGGGAUCGUCACAUAUAAACACACAGAAGUAGAGAUCGGACUCGCUCCUCGCCAUGACACCGUCACCUUUGUCAUUUCUGACGGAGAGACGGAGACGCUGGCUUUAUGCUGCAGUGGAGGGAGUCCUGUCAGGACCAGCAGCACCGCUCACCUGAGGCAGACGCUACCCGUGUACGACCUGCAGAUCACCGUGUUUCCUGUUGACAGCCAACCACCUACGCUAGAAACACCAGACAUCUUUAAAGUGAAUGAAGGUGGGACGGCCCCCAUUACUGCGGCUCACCUGAAAGCCUCCGACGUGGACACAGUGCUGGACGAGCUGGUCAUCAGCCUGACCUCCCCGCCUCAGUUUGGCUACAUUGAAAAUGUCCUCCCCAGUCCGGGAUUUGAGAAAAGCAACACAGGAGUGAGCACAGCUUCUUUUUCAUACAAGGACAUCACUGAGGGUCAUGUCAACUAUGUGCAGUCCAGACAUCAGAGGGUGGAGCCAACAGCUGACCACCUGAUGCUCUGUGUGUCAGACGGCAAACACAGCUCCGCCCACGUCUCUUUCUACAUCAUUAUAAACCCCACAAAUGAUGAAGUGCCAGAGCUGGUGGCUCACAACAUCACGGUACACGAAGGACAAAUGAAGCGGCUAGACUCGUCUGUCUUGCAUGCGACGGAUCUGGACAUCCCCAAGAAUGUGUUGCUCUUUAGCGUGGCCACACCCCCUCGACACGGCAGCAUCAUCGCCCACAGCAGUGGAGAGCGAGAGAAACGAGAGGCCCAGCAUCAGCUUCCUGUGGUUGCCUUUACUGUGGAGGAUCUUAUAAAUGCUGUGGGUGUGGUGUACGUGCACGACGACUCUGAGAGUGUGGAGGAUAGUUUCACCAUCCAGCUGACUGACGGACGGCACCACGUCCUGAAACAGGUGACGGUUAAAGUGCUGCAGGUGAACGACGAGAAGCCCCAGCUUAUCAGGAACGCCGGCCUAGACGUGGAUCCAGGUGACAGCAGACUGAUAUCCAGCGCGUCACUGUUCGCACAGGACCGUGAUACCCCUCCUUCAGAGCUCAUGUACAUGUUUGAAAGUGUUCCAACCCAAGGACUGCUUCAGCUUAAAGAGAAUCAGGGCUGGGUCACACUGGCUGCUGGGAAGAACUGCACCCAAGAAAUGGUCGACAUGAACCUUCUACGUUAUGUAAACACGGGCCGUCGGGCUGCUCAAAGUCAGGAUUUCUUUGUCUUCCAUUUGCUGGAUGGAAAGAAUCAGUCACCCUCACAGCACUUCCAGAUCUCCAUCAAAGACCAAGACAAAGGAAACAUCGUCAUCUUUGUGAACCCAGCGAACGUCAGCCGUGGAGAUCGCAUCGUUCUCACCACCCAUGUGCUGCAGGCCACAGAUGGCACAGACCAGCCAGAGGAGCUUCUGUACGUCAUCACCAGCCCACCUGCUCAUGGACACAUAGAGUACAUGAAACAUCCUGGCAUCAUCAUUUCUACCUUCAGCCAGAUGGACAUAGCAGCCAACCUGGUGGCUUAUGUUCACGAUAACAGAGCCAGCACGCCCAAAGAAACUUUCCAGUUUAUUGUGAGCAAUGGUAAAACUAGCGUAAAUGGCAGCUUUGAGAUCGGGGUGGAAACGGUGGAUCGUAUCUUACCAUCUCUGUCCUCCAACAAAGUCCUCACGGUGCCCCAGGGAUCGUCCAUUAUCCUGGGUCCAGACUACCUGUCUCUGUCAGACCCCGACACUCCUCCCAGCACCCUGACCUUUGUCCUUUCACAGCCUCCACAGUACGGCAGACUAGUUUUAGCUGGUGAACCACUGAGCACAGGCUCUAAUUUCACCCAGAGAGACAUAGAGGAGCUGGAGGUGGCAUAUCAACACGACGGGGGGCCGUCACAGAUAGACCGAUUCUCCUUCGCUGGCUCAGACAGCACUAAUCGAGGGUUCCUGCUGGACGGGCAGUUACACAGAGAGCCUGUUUUCUUCAUAUUUCAGAUCAGGCCUUUGGAUAAGUCGCCUCCUGAGGUUGUGAAAGUGCUUCCCCUUUGGAAAGCAGAGCCUUUAGCUGAUGGCCGAUACGGCAUCUUCCUGUCAUCCCAAGAACUGAAGGCUCGAGACAGCAACAGCAGAGAAGAAGAGCUCAUAUUCUGCAUAGUUCGUCCACCACACUUUGGUUUCCUGGAAAACAUUACCACAGGGGGUUUUGUGCCACAGCGCUUCUUGCAGAUGGAGCUAAAGAAGAGAUCUAUUGUGUACAUCAUCAGUCUGGACACGGAGUCUGUCUCAGACAGCCUGGAGUUCACAGUGUCCGACCUGCUGGGGAACACAGGGCCUCGUCACCUACUCGAGUUCAGGUGGUCCAGGGUGGAGCUGCUGCAGACCGAGACGUCAGCCUGUGAGGAGCAGGGAACGAUCUCACUGGACAUCGUUCGUCGGGGGAAUUUGGCCGUAUCGUCAUAUAUUUCUGUCAAGGUAAAUGAGGUCACUGCAACAGCUGGAAAAGACUUCCUCACAAACCCAUCUGCACUCGUCCAGUUUGAUCCAGGUAUGUGUUUGAUAGUAGAGACAGAAGGUCUGUCUGCAGGGUCAGGCUAAAAGUCCCCGUUUAUGGAGCAGAGUUUGAGUCCAGGCAAUGAAAGAAGGUCAUUAAAGUUCAGUGAGGAUCUGUGUCAGUGUCUUUCACACUGGACGUUUGAUGAUAAGUGGCUGGAGGCAGCAGGCUCUCUCUGUGCACGUGUGGGCUUCCUCCGGAUAUACCGUCUUUCACCCACAGUCCAAAGACGAGCUUGGAUCCAGUCACGUGAAAAGAACCAGUUAAACAAACAUGAAAAACUAGAAACAUAAAUACUGAAAACUGAAAACACAGAAGUGGAAGAUGAGUCACGCUAAUGGUCCAAAGAAAAGGACAAACCUCAGGUCCCUAUCAGACACACCCUGAUGAUGACGUUCUUCUAAUUGUGUUGUGACUGAAUUUCUUAUUAUUACAGCAACAGCUUAGUGCGACGUGUUAACGGUCCUCCUCAGAGUUUUGAAUGAAAGCCUCGUAGAGAAGCGGUUCCCAGUAGUUUCAUGUUCCUCUGGCUGCCUGUUUGUUCCCCUUAUUAGUUCCACUUGUGCUACAAUCAGCUGAUUUCGGUUUAUGUGCUGGAGGAAGAAAACAGUGACGCAGUUUGUGGAUUGU